AAUCGAUUAAUUUUGUAAUUAUAUAUACUGCCUUAUAUGUUAUUAGAUGUGCUGCAUAAAAUUUUGUUUUCUUUAUUCCACCACACGUACCGGUUAGUAAAUACGGAUUACUAAGUUAUUUCUGUUCGAAAUGGUAGCUAAUACUGAAGAUGAUGAAGAAAGUCAAGAGGAUACUAUUAAUUACAAGGAGCAAUACAGAUCCUUUAAAAGAAAAUUGAAGUUUUUAAUUUAUGAAAAUGAGUGUUUUCAAGAAGCUUUACGGAACAAUCAGAGGAGAAUGUUAAAAGUGACAAGAGACAGAAGUUUUCUUCUUGAUAGACUACUGAAUUAUGAAAAAGUAGAAGUUACGAGCAGUGAAAGCGAUGAUACUGAAUCAUCGGAUGACGAAACUGGAAGGGCUGAAGCUAAGAGAAGAAAGAUUGACAUGGGCCUUGGCAGUUUUAGUAGUGGUUUAAAUUCUAGUGGUCCUUCCAAAAUGUCAUCGGUGAAGAAGAAAAAGCCUUCGUCCAAGAGUGGGAAAUCAUCAAGUCAUACACAGUUGCAGACCAUUCACCAGCCGUCUCUCUCUGCUAGCGAUGGUCAUAUGACUGAAGAAGUGGUCGGUCACCUGGAGAGCAGCAGGCAGCGCUACCUGGACCAACCACCCGUGACUAUGCCAACGGAGAUGUUCAGCAAUGAUCCCUCGUUGGACAGCGAGUCGAAUGAGAUCUGCGAAAUGGAGACUUCACCGUCGAACCUUGGCGAGGAUUGUCUCAACAGUGAACUGAUUCUACCUGACUGAUCUAUUUAUUAUAUGAUACUGUUAACUUCUUGGUCCGAUAAUAUAUAUGUGUCUAAUUUAUUAUAUAUCUUUAUGUCGUAAGCGGUAUCCAAAAACCCAUCUGUGAGCGUAAGAUAUAGUGUUUAGGUCUACUCAUGAGUGUGAUAGCUUCAGGUGUCGAUGCCUAAUUAUUUUCUAGUUUGAUUUGAUUGCAUUUUCUAUGUCCAAUACUUUGUACUGGAUCUUAUUGCAGUAUUAUAUCUUAGUGUAAGUCUCUCAUUUGAGUAAAGACUUAUAUUUGUAUGAAUUAGGAUAAAUCCAACAUCUUUAGCAAAAAAUAUUCAGAGAGGGAGAACAAAGGAACUUUAUUUAUUGUUUUGACUCAAAUAUUUCUAAUUUUAUCUAUUUUGAUGAAUUAAUAGUACGUGUUAUUAUCUAACUGUGUUCUUAGCUCACCAUAAAAACUACUAAAAAAAAUUAGUAAUUUAUGUUACUAAGAUAUUUAUGUUAGUACUUUAUUAGUUUUGUCUUAACCUUUCUUCGUUUAUUAUUUUCCCCUCACUACUUGCUUGCCUAUUUGUCUAAUUUAACAAAUUAAUAUUUCGUAAUUUAUAAUGUUUUUAUUUGAAUAUUUUAGGGAUUCUUUGUCCCUAUUUUGUUCCUCUUCGGUAUCUAAAAUUAUUUAGAUAAUACAUUACAGGUUCUAUAUUAAAUUGAACCAGCCAUUUACACUGAUAAAAUUAACAAAUUUUUUAAUUUAAUUUAAAUAAUUUUCUAUUUAUUAUGACAAUGAAACCUACUUAUGUAGUUUGCCCUACAUACUAUGUUAGCCCUAGAACAAGCUUGGUUAAUGGUAAAACCUUGAACUAAAAAGACCAUAGCAUGUUCAAGUUUAGGGAGUUUUUGAUAAUUUGAUUCCAUGUAUUCAGAAUAAACUUUAAUUCUUUCUUUUAUGUUUUUAAUGCUUAUUUCAGUUAUUUUUUUAUUAAAUAAAUUUUCUUUUGUUUUUCUUUUUAUAGUAGUUUUUUUUUUUCUCUCUAUAAUAAAGAAAGCGGUAUAAAUUACAAGCCUUUUUUUGUAAAUAAAUUAGAUCUUCAGGCAAGAAGUGAGGAGUAAAUACUUAGUAAUUGGUAUUACUGAUAACAUACCCUAACAGUAUGUUCUGUGAAUAAUUCAUUAUCAGAGGAGGUUUUAAAAACUAUCAUAAGAUUUUCUGUUAUAAACAUUAAAUCAGUAUAUAAAUUUGAUAAUUAUGUUCAUUUCUUUAAUAAGAACUAUUAUAUCUUGUCUGUACAAAUGUUUUAUCAUAUUAACAUCAAAGAAUCCAAACUCAAAUUAGUAGAAAAUUUUAUAUUUAGAAAAUUAAUUAAAAGAUUAUCAAGAAGGCAUAGGUAAAAGGAUAAUCGAGAAGGCGUAGGAAUGUUGUAAUGAUGUAACAUGGCUUUAAGUUUGUGUAAAUGUAUAAUUUGUAUACUUUUCUUCAUAAAUAUGAUUCAGUUUGUUUAAAUUAACAAUUUUUAAGUUAAUAUAAUGUUGAAACUUAGUGAAUAAUAAGCAAUUAUCAUCUUCAUUUGUCUGAUAUAUUCUGUGUACUCUUGUUUUGGUUAUAUGCUUUAAUACUUAAAACAUUGUUGUCUAAGUAUUAUUUCAAUCUUUUUAUUUCUAGUCCUAAUUUAUAAGUUUUUAAUACAUCAGAAUUCAUUCAUGGAUCAAAAUAUAUUCUUGAUCAUCAACGAUACUUGGAUUUUUAUGCUGAAAAGAAUUGGAUUGUAAUUAUUAUUUUUUUAAUGGAAAAAUUAUUGCAUAAAAACAUUUUUUUUUUCAGUUAUUGGUAGAUUACAUUCUUUUUUUCUUUUAAAAAUGGAUAGUAACUAUAUAUUACAAAGUUAUUAUAAUGGCGGUAUCUCUUGGAAUUUUUUAUUAUUAAGGAGAUAAUUUUGAAUUAUAUUGAAACCCCAGUUUUCCAUACUAUUCGGGAUUGUUAUAAGAUGAGAGUUUAAAUAGUAGCAUGUCACGAUAUGGACUGGGGACAGUUUGAUAGUGUAACGAACAAUGUUGUCCAGAGUAAUUCUGAUAAAUAUGUAAGAACAAAAAAAAAAUUAAAUCCAUGAUUCCAUAAAAAUCCAAUCUUUUCUGAUGAUAAAUAUUAAUUAAUUUGUUAGUUUUAUAAACUUUUUUUAAAGCUACCCACUACUGUGAAUGACAGAUUCUUCCAAGUGUUAAAACUUAGUCUAAUAACUAUAUAUCGUCAGUUUAUUGCAAAAAGUCACUGAUGUACAUUUUGAAGUUAAUGGACUUUUAAUUAUGUGUUUUUUGUAGAUUUCAAUCUUAUCAUAAAAAAAAAAAAAAAUAAUUUUAUGACACAUAGAUUCUGAUUUCAUAGAGAAUAUUUGUCAAAACACUUCAGUUAGCGAUUUUAUUGUAUGAAAUGUUAAUUAAUGACUUUUUGCAAUCCUUCAUAUUAUUGAUUAUUGUUAAACAAAAUUUAUGAGGUUAUUGUUUUGUCACAUUUUACACCUUGAUAACUUUUCUUGAGUACUUGAUGAAUAGAAUAAUUUUGAAAGUAUUAAAAUUUUUUAUGUUUUUAUUUUGAGGAAGUUUUGUUCAUUUUGAGUAUCAAAUAUCUCAAAAGAGACUCACUAUUUAUUAACUUGAGAAUAAUUCGAUAAUUGGCAAUCACACCUGAAGAAUAAAAAAUAUAUCUCCGUCUAUCUUAAGCACAUGUAAUAAUGGAGAGUUUCUGAAAACCCUAAUUUUAUCAAUACAUAUAUAUUUAUGUAUGUAUACCUUUUUAUAAACAGUAAUAUUGUAGCAAAUACCUUUUCAUACUAUUGUUCUCUCGCCUUCGCUGUUUGAUGUUUAGUUGUGACUUAAAGAAGUUCACCAUAUAAACUACAAUAAAAAAAAAAAUCAAAACAGUAUUCACAAAUGUAGAAGUUUUAUUUCUCAAAUAAUUGAUGUUCCUAAUAAAAUAUAAAUUAUAACUUAUCAGCAUUGC